CACAGUCUUCCGAGUGUCAAGUGCUUUGAUCAACCCUGGCGUUUACGGAAGGAGAAGAUGAAAGAUAUCGAUCUAGGAAAAGAGUACGUUAUACCCAGUCCCGGGUAUAGAAAUGUGAGGGAACGGAACAGCCUGGAGCAACCCGAAGACCAAGAUGGGCUGAAGUGCUGGCAGGAGAAGCGGAAGCAGGUGGAAUGCCAAAGUGCAUUGGAAGCAGCUGCUCGAGCAGAAGGCCUUCCGCUAGACGUCUCAAUGAAUUCUCACUUGGGGAUGUUGGAUGAGGGCCAUCACAAGGGGAAAUACCGCUUUGGCUUCAACUUGCUGAAACCCAUCCGGACAACUUCCAAACAUCCACACCCAAUCGACAAUGCUGGGCUUUUCUCCUAUACAACUUUCUCGUGGCUCACUCCUCUGACACGUGUCGCCUACAAGAAGGGAGAGCUGCUGACCGACGAUGUGUGGUCUUUGUCAACGCAUGAGUCUUCAGAUGUGACCUCUCGAAGAUUAGAAAGGCUCUGGCAACAGGAGAUCCAGGACCAGGGGCCAGAGGAAGCGUCUCUCCGGAGGGUCGUGUGGGUCUUCUGCCGCACCCGGCUCAUCAUUUCCAUAGUGUGCCUGAUGGUCACGCAGCUCGCCGGCUUCUGUGGACCAGCCUUCGUUGUGAAACAUCUCCUUGAGUACACACAGCAGGAGGAGUCUAACCUUCAGUACAGCCUGUUGUUGGUGUUUGGCCUCCUUAUGACAGAAAUAGUGCGCUCCUGGUCCCUGGCUUUAACGUGGGCUUUAAAUUACCGCACUGGGGUCAGACUGCGUGGCGCUAUCCUGACCAUGGCUUUUAAGAAAAUACUCAGGCUGAAAAACAUCAAGGAGAAGUCUUUGGGAGAGCUCAUAAAUGUAUGCUCCAAUGAUGGACAGAGAAUGUUCGAGGCUGCUGCUGUUGGUAGUCUGCUGGCGGGCGGUCCUAUUGUUGCCAUCCUAGGGAUGAUCUAUAAUGUUAUGAUUCUGGGGCCAACCGGCUUCUUGGGAUCAGCCGUCUUCAUCCUCUUCUACCCGGCAAUGAUGUUUGCAUCCCGCUUCACCGCCUAUUUCAGAAGGAAAUGCGUGUCAGCAACGGAUGAGCGUGUCCAGAAGAUGAAUGAAGUUCUUAACUACAUUAAGUUUAUUAAAAUGUACGCCUGGGUCAAGGCCUUUUCCCAGAACGUCCAAAAAAUCAGAGAGGAGGAACGCAAAAUCUUGGAGCGGGCUGGCUACUUCCAGAGCAUCACGGUGGGCGUGGCUCCCAUAGUUGUGGUUAUUGCCAGCGUGGUGACCUUCUCUGUCCACAUGUCCCUCGGCUAUGAUCUCACAGCCGCUCAGGCAUUUACGGUGGUCACAGUGUUCAAUUCAAUGACCUUUGCUCUGAAAGUCACGCCUUUUUCCGUGAAGUCUUUGUCUGAAGCAUCUGUUGCUGUUGACCGAUUUAAGAGUUUGUUUCUAAUGGAAGAGGUUCAUAUGGUAAAGAAAAAGCCCGCCAGCCCUCUCACCGCCAUAGAGGUGAAAAAUGCCACCUUGGCAUGGGAGACCUCCCAUGCCAGUGUCCAGGGCUCCCCCAAGAUGACCCCUAAAAUGAAAAAAGACAAGACAGCCAAGGGCAAGAAGGGGAAGGCGAAGGCCCAGCAGCGCGAGGGACAGCAGGCCAUGCUGGCUGAGCAGAAGGGCCACCUCCUCGUGGACAGCGACGACCCUCCGAGCCCCGAGGAGGAGAAUAAACCUGUCCAUCUGACGAACGUCCGGCUGCAGAGGGUGCUCUACAAUAUUGACCUCGACAUUGAAAAGGGGAAGCUUGUUGGGAUUUGUGGCAGCGUGGGCAGUGGAAAGACCUCGCUCAUUUCCGCCAUUUUGGGACAGAUGACCUUGCUGGAAGGCAGCAUUUCUGUGGAUGGGACGUUUGCCUACGUGGCCCAGCAGGCCUGGAUUCUGAACGCGACCCUUAGAGACAACAUCCUUUUCGGGAAGGAGUUUGACGAGGAAAGGUACAACACAGUGCUGAAUGACUGCUGCCUCCGCCCUGACCUGGCUAUCCUGCCGAAUGGAGACCUGACCGAGAUUGGUGAGCGCGGCGCAAACCUGAGUGGGGGGCAGCGCCAGAGGAUCAGCCUUGCCCGGGCCCUGUACAGCGAGAACAGCAUUUAUAUCCUCGAUGACCCUCUGAGUGCCUUGGAUGCUCACGUCGGAAACCACAUCUUCAACAGCGCAAUACGGAAGCACCUGAAGUCGAAAACCGUCGUGUUCAUCACCCACCAGUUACAGUAUCUUGUGGAUUGUGACGAAGUGGUCUUCAUGAAAGAGGGCUGCAUCACCGAGAGGGGGAGCCACGAGGACCUGAUGAACCUGAAUGGGGACUACGCGGCCAUUUUUAACAGCCUGCAGCUGGGGGAGACACCACACAUUGAGAUCAACGUAAAGAAAACGACAAGCAGUUCUUUGAAAAGGCCGCCAGAUAAAAGCACUAAGUCAGGAUCUGUGAAGAAAGAGAAACUGGUCAAGAAGGAAGAAGGCCAGCUGAUACAGUUGGAAGAGAAAGGCAAAGGUUCUGUCCCCUGGUCAGUUUACGGCGUCUACAUACAGGCGGCUGGAGGGCCCAUCGCUUUCCUCGUCAUCAUGGCACUCUUCGUACUGAAUGUGGGCAGCACCGCCUUCAGCAACUGGUGGCUGAGUUACUGGAUCAAACAGGGCAGCGGGAACACCACUCUGACACUGGGAAACGAGACGGUUGUGAGCAGCAGUAUGAAAGACAACCCUCACAUGCAUUACUAUGCUGGCAUCUAUGCACUCUCCAUGGGGGUCAUGCUGAUUCUGAAAGCCGUGCGCGGGGUUGCCUUCGUCAAGGGGACAUUGAGAGCCUCCUCCAGGCUCCACGACGAGCUCUUCCGGCGGAUCCUCCGAAGCCCCAUGAAAUUCUUCGACACCACGCCGUCCGGGCGGAUCCUCAACAGGUUCUCCAAGGACAUGGACGAAGUUGAUGUCCGUUUGCCAUUUCAAGCCGAGAUGUUCAUCCAGAAUGUCAUCCUAGUCUUCUUCUGCGUGGGAGUGAUCGCCGGCGUCUUCCCCUGGUUCCUGAUGGCAGUUGGGCCCCUCCUCAUCCUUUUUACCAUCUUGCACAUUGUAUCCAGAGUUUUCAUUCGGGAGCUGAAACGCCUGGACAACAUCACGCAGUCUCCGUUCCUUUCUCACAUCACGUCAAGCAUUCAAGGCCUGUCGACAAUCCAUGCCUACAAUAAAGGGCCGGAGUUCCUGCACAGGUAUCAGGAGCUGUUGGAUGACAAUCAGGCUCCGUUCUUCUUGUUCAGCUGUGCCAUGCGUUGGCUCGCUGUAAGACUGGACAUCGUCAGCAUCGCCCUCAUUACCACCACGGGGAUAAUGAUCGUCUUAAUGCACGGGCAGAUUUCCCCUGCCUAUGCUGGGCUAGCCAUCUCCUACGCUGUCCAGCUCACGGGCUUGUUCCAGUUCACAGUCAGGCUGGCUUCAGAGACGGAGGCCCGCUUCACAUCCGUGGAGAGGAUCAACCACUACAUUAAGACACUUUCUCUGGAGGCUCCCGCUCGGAUUAAGAACAAAGCUCCCCCUCCCGAUUGGCCUCAAGAAGGAGAAGUCAUCUUUGAAAAUGCCGAAAUGAGGUACCGGGAGAACCUCCCGCUCGUCCUGAAGAAAGUGUCCUUCACUGUCAAACCCAAGGAGAAGAUUGGCAUUGUGGGGAGAACGGGGUCAGGGAAGUCCUCCCUAGGAAUGGCGCUCUUCCGCUUGGUCGAGCUCUCGGGAGGCUGCAUCAAAAUUGACGGGGUGAAAAUCAAUGACAUCGGCUUAGCGGAUCUCCGUAGCAAGCUCUCCAUAAUUCCUCAAGAGCCUGUGCUCUUCAGCGGGACCGUGAGAUCCAACUUGGAUCCUUUCACUCAGUACAGCGAAGAGCAAAUCUGGGAUGCUUUGGAACGGACUCACAUGAAGGAAUGUAUAUCUCAGCUGCCCAUGAAACUUGAAUCCGAAGUAAUGGAAAAUGGGGAGAACUUCUCCGUCGGGGAGAGGCAGCUGCUCUGCAUCGCCAGAGCUCUGCUGCGCCGUUGUAAGGUCUUGAUCCUGGACGAAGCGACGGCUGCCAUGGACACAGAGACCGAUCUGCUGAUCCAGGAGACCAUCAGAGAGGCGUUUGCCGACUGCACGAUGCUGACGAUUGCUCACCGCCUGCAUACGGUUCUGGGCUCUGAUCGCAUCAUGGUUCUGGUGCAAGGACAGGUCGUCGAAUUCGACACACCGUCUGCCCUCCUGUCAAAUGAGAACUCCCGCUUCUCCGCCAUGUUUGCUGCUGCAGAAAACAAGACAACUGUCAAGGGCUAAAAUUCAGGGCAACGUCACUUUA